CCUCAGCCAAUUACAAGUAUGGUGAAAAGGUGUCCUGGUCCGGUUGUAGUAAUAUUGUUCGCCCAACACCAGACCAAGAGCUGAGAGCCCGGCUCAUCAGUUGGAACUAUGUUCCUACCUAAAUAGUUGUCUUGUGGAGUAACGCCCAAGCGGAACGCAAGAUAAUGAAAUAUGGAUCUUGGCCCACUAGAGGAGAUGAGCCUCCGAAUCGUUCUUAACUGUGAGAGGAAACUCUACAUCCUCGAAACGGAUCCUCCCAAGACCCCUGAUGCUAAUGCUCGUGCGUCCGAACUCACUUCGUUCAAGAAGUAUGAGGACGACGCGCGAGAUGUAAAGUGUAUCAUUAUGGCCAAUAUGACCGCGGAGCUCCAAAGGCUCCACGCGGACAUGGAAGUGCGUCCUAUGAUACAAUGCUUAAGAGACCUUUACCAGGGUCAACCCCAAAACUCAGGUAUUUACGUUAUCAAAGUCAAUAUGUCUGAUAUCACCUCUUGGGUGAUGGAUACUAGAUGUGGUUCUCACAUCUGUACUUCUAUGCAAAACAUGCAUGAAUGUAGACAAUUGACGGAGGGAGAGAUACAACUAAAAGUCGGCAAUGGCGCACUCGUCUAUGCAUUGGCCGUCGGAACCUAUAGUUUAUCUCUACCUAGUGGUCUAAUAUUGCAUUUGAAUAAUUGUCUGUUUGUACCUAGUAUGAGCAGAAACAUCAUUUCUGUAUCCUGCCUAGACAAAGCAUGAUUUUCAUUCGUUGUAAAAGACAAAACUCUUUCUGUCUUUAGAAAUGAUAUAUUUUAUGCAAGUGCAAAAAUGACCAACGCAGCACACACACUCAACAGAGUUCCAUCUAAAGCUGUCGAGAGCACACCAUACGAACUAUGGCGUGGGAGAAAACCGAGUUUCUCGUACUUUAAGAUUUGGGGCUGUGAAGCUUAUGUAAAACGUCUCAUGACGUCUAGUAAGUUGGAGCCUAAAUCUGAUAAAGUAAUUUUUGUGGGAUACCCCAAGGAAACUAGAGGGUAUGAGUUCUAUCAUCCAUCCGAUAACAAAAUCUUUGUUGCUCG